CAGAGGCAGAGAAGAGCAGAGCAGCCAAGCAAAGUGAGAGACCAAGAGAGAUGGCGUCCAAGGCAUUCCCAGCUCUGGUCCUUGUGGCGCUCGUCUGCGGCCAGCUUGUGGUCGACGGCCAUGCCCAGCCCUACACCGGCGGCGGCCGCAUCAGGGGAGGAGGAUCUGCCGACGGAGUGCAGCCACCGACUUACACCACCACCCAUGGCCACUCCUCCACCAUCGGAGAAUACAACGGUGCUGCAAGGCCUUCAGCCGUGGAAGAAGACAAGGCCUUCAUGGUCAACAGCCUGCCGGCGCACGACCGCCCGCUUCCUGUCCCGCCUUCCGGCCACUAGUCCGUCCAGGUCCAGGCAGUGCAGCCGAGCCUGAGACCAACGGCCCAGUGGCCAGCCCUAAUAUUAAGAAAUAAAAUCUGUGUGAAGUUGUCAUGUUUGCAGGGUGACUCUGUUUCUGUCAUGCAUCAGGGGUAUAAAAGCAAAGCACAACGAAUGAUGU